AUGCUGCUGUGGUUGUGCGUAGGGUGGCUAGCCGACGAUGGCACCGCCGAGUUCACACCGCAUUUUCGGGCGUUCCUGGAGAACAACUACGGAAUUGGAUAUGUGGAAUUGUUAGAACGAACUGAUCUGGGGUUGGACGCCAGUUUCGGUGGAAAGCAGAGCGCAGAUGACGAACUCCGGAAUCAAGCCGUCAUCAUAGUG